AGUCGUCAAGGCUUUCAUGGAGCGCCACAACUACACCGAGAUCGGCCAGGUCGAGCAGCACUACGUGGAGCGGGUGCUGGAGCUGGCUGAGCUCACGCCCAUCAAGUACAUUACUUGGCAAGACCCAGCUGACCGUGGCACGAAGAUGGCCAACACGAGCGUGGUGCAAGUAUGGAAGGACAAGUCUCUCUCGCCCAAGAUGCGCGGCUGGGGAGACUACGUCUACGAGCUGACGAAGGCUGGCCACCAGAUCAUCCUCUCCUCUUGCUGGUACAUCAACUACAUCACCUACGGCCAAGACUGGAGGAACUUCUACAACUGCGACCCAACUAAUUUUAAUGGAACGGCCGAACAGAAAGCCCUGGUGCUGGGCGGAGAGGCAGCCAUGUGGGGAGAGUACGUGGACGCUACCAACCUCCUGCCGAGACUGUGGCCGCGAGCCUCAGCCGCAGCCGAGCGGUUGUGGUCCCUGCCGGUGAACGAGACGUCUUCCCCCGACGACGCGGCCUACAGGCUCGACCAACACCGCUGCAGGAUGCUCAGGCGCGGCAUCCCGGCUCAGCCCAUCCUGAACGGCUUCUGCGGCGAGUGGGAGGUUCCCGAAGACACUCCGCUCUCCACCUACUCCACCACCACCCCGAUCUCCACCCCGACGACCCCCACCCCCCCGCCGCCCACAACCACGCCCCAGACCACGACCCCUACUACGCCUUCUACGACCACAACCACCACAGUCACGACCACCACCGCAACAACAACCACACCAUCCACACAGCCUUCCACAUCUACGCCCCCGACGUCCACCACCUCAGCCCAGAGCCAGGAGCCACAGACAAACGCAGAGGCACCCCCGCCGCCGCCUGCAGAAGGUGGCGGUUCCCCGGACCACGCAAACCCCCCUACCACUGCAGCGCCUCCUUCAACUACCCCAGCUCCUCCCGCGGUAGAACAAGGCGUCCCGGAAACGACGCUGGUGGAGUCCGUGGAGACGCCCCCGGAAGAACCAGCGGUAGGCUCGUAGGGCAGCGAUAGGCCUACCUACUCAUACUCAUACGUGAAAGUAUUAUAUAUUUUCUUCUCCACGAUUGCCGCCCCGUGUAAGAGUUAUCCAUUCUGUCUUAACCGCUGUGCCUUCACAUUGUAAUGCCAUGGUCAAAUGUAUGUUUAAGUUAAAUAUAUUUUAUACGUGUA